GCUAAUUUGUAAAACAAAUGUUGUUAUUGAGCAGGCAGAACACCAUUUAUUUAACUGACAUAGUUUUUCCUCAGUGACUGUGUUUUUGUUGCAUUUUAGCUAGCUAAAAUCAGCUUGGUUAUGGAGCCAUGAUGUUUAAAAACAAUCUUGUCAACAUUACAGCCUUUAAAAUCUACCUGUAAAACUAAUUAAGACGUUUUUAUACGUUUUUUACUUAAAAGUCGUCAAGAGCAGAGAAUGUGUUAGCUUCCAAAAAAGUUCCCAAGAUGCAGACCGGAAGUACCUCCACGAGAGCUAAAAAAUCUCCGUGCAGUCUAAACUAUUUGGAAAGACUGCCACGUGAGGUUUGGAUGAAGAUCCUGUCAUACCUGGAUGCCGGUGCACUUUUAAGCAUAAGCUACUGCAGUAAGUUCUUCUAUCAGCUCGCCAAUGACAAAACUCUGUGGCACAAGCUAUACAUCGAGUCUGCAAAGACAAGAAGGACAACGGAACAUGUGACGAUGAUGAAGAAUGAGGAUGAAAGUUUGGGCAGCUGGAAGCGGAUGUACUUCAGCCAAAAAUUAUCCCUCGACAUGAAAAGAUGGCGCUCUUUUCUCAAACCCUACAGUACUCACACUGAUGUGACUGGCCAGUCAGUAGACGUCCUCAGACGCUUGGGCGUUGUCUGGGAUCUGACAGUUACUGAUAAGUCUGGGCAUGAUUGUACUUUGGAGAUGAGCUGGUCCAAGUUCUUUGAGACCUCGAUAGCAGUGUGCUGGUUCGGAAGAGACUCGCUGCCCAACUACGAACAGAUUACCACCAUCCAACUCCACGGUAUCAGGAGGAUUGACUUCAGCCUCCCCGGCGUAAAGACACCUGGCUGGAGGUCCCUCGUGGCAAAACUGGACGUUCAACUUCUAAACGCAAAAGUUAUUGGUGAGGACCAGCUGGUGCAGCUGAAGUUGGUACAGCCUGGAGUCCUCAUUGGUGUCUGGAAGGAUCAGAGCUCCAUUGCCUUCAUUAUGUUCACCCUCCAUGUCCACAAUCUGGCAAACAGAAUCGUUAACCCAAGCUCUUAUCGUCUUCUUGCAAAGCAAAUAAUCAAACCAGGUUAUGACGACAUAGAUCCUGAAUAUGGUCUCCACGGUUACGUCCUGCACAUUGGACUCCACGACACUAGAAACAUGCUCUUGUCUCAGCGCUAUUUGGCGCUCUUCUGUCGAAGAGAAAACAUCUGUGACGGACGGAUUCGGCUCACAGCAGUUAGCAGAGAAAACUUGUCUCAUCAUCAAAAGCUGCCAGGCAUCAUCGCUCUACCCUGGAGGAGUGAGGCCAUACAAGGCACAGUGGAGAACUGCUGCAUCAUGAGUCUGACUCUGACGCACAUGCCUACGAAACUCGUCGUGUGUGUCUGCACUCCCGUUUCCAUGGAGCAGGAGAACCCGACCAUCUCAUACGAUUACGAUGGCGACGCCUUUCUGAUCCAGCAUCAGGACUCAAAUGUUCAAGUGAAGAUGCAGCUCGUGAGGACCAGAGAGGAGAGGGAAUUCUUCCUCGUGGGUUUAAACGUCUAUCUGAGUGUGGAUUUUGUCAACAAGCUUUUUGAGAGAAAUUAUUGAUUUCUCUGAACAUUUUUGCUUAGUUCCUCUAAUAAAAAGACUAUUUCAUUUGGAA